UUGGCAUAUUGUUUUGGAGAACCGAGAAUCGGAGACCUCCCGACUCCCACGCGAACCGGUCUCAGGGCGGCGUCGACGACGGGGAGGGAUGGCGAUGGCGAGGCGAGGGGGGUUCCAGGAGGAGUACGAUUACUUGUUCAAGAUGGUUUUGAUAGGCGACUCUGGCGUCGGCAAAUCCAACCUUCUCUCUCGUUUCGUCCGCAACCAUUUCUCCCUCGACUCCAAGUCCACCAUCGGCGUCGAAUUCGCUAGCCGCACCCUCCAGGUUGAAGGUAAGAUAGUAAAAGCACAGAUAUGGGACACGGCAGGCCAAGAACGAUACCGUGCGAUAACUAGUGCCUAUUACCGAGGUGCCCUCGGUGCACUUCUCGUCUACGAUGUAACCAAACCCAAGUCUUUCGAGAAUGCAAGCCGGUGGCUCAAGGAGCUCCGUGAUCAUGCCGACUCUAACAUCAUAGUCAUGCUCAUUGGUAACAAGACCGACCUCAAGCACCUUCGUGCCAUUCCCUCGGAGGAUGCGCAAAGCUUUGCGGAGAAGGAAGGCCUUUCGUUCAUAGAAACCUCUGCCCUUGAGGCCACGAAUGUGGAGAAUGCAUUUAACAUCAUACUUUCAGAGAUAUAUCGGAUCAUGUGCAAGAAGUCUUUGAUCUCUUCAACAGAACCCAAGCAGAAUCCAGGAGCUUCCAAGAACAUCAAAGAGGGGAACACCAUCGUCGUGUCAGAGACAAGUAAGGUCGAGACACAAAAUAGGUGCUGCUCAACGUAGAGAUACUUCAUUUUAUGUUGCUUUGAGUUUGAAAUGCUGUAUAAAUCAGGGAUCAAAUGUUAGAUGAGAAAAGUAGGAAUCAUGUGCUCAAAAUGUAAAGUAAAUUACAAGGUCUCAAGCUGCAGACUCCAAAUACCUGAUGCAAUUAAUUCAAUUCUUUGUUCUAUCA